AUGCCGGAACCCAUAGCAGCCGAGCCUCAACUCUUCACACCAUUAUGUGAAUUGGGACAACUCUUAGCCAGCUAUGGCUACGUGCCAAGAGCUACGUUCCGUCCUGCAAAUCGAAGCUAUCCUUCUGGUGCAAAUGGCUACCCUAUGCAUGCCAAUGGAGCAAUACCGCAUGCGUCUGGAAUCAACGGCACUGUUCCGUCCACGUCUCAAUAUGGAGGAAUGGAACGAAGACCCUAUCGUGAUCAGAAUUCGAGAGGCGGUCGUGGCUCAGGCACCGGUGGUGGCCCUCGCCGUGGAAAUGGCGAACGCAAUUAUCAUCAAGGUGGUCGUCGUAAUGGUGGAGCGAAUGGCUCGUACCAAGAUGGUAGACGUCGAAGUGAUUACUGUAACGGUGGAACUGGGACAGGAACAAAUAACAAUAAUAACGGACCUGCGUUAAGUGUUUCCACAGGGAAUCUGGCUAGCGCUGCUGCCAUGGCGGGCCGCGAUAGUUUCCGUCGUGAACGGAAUGCCGAUGGCGAACAUUUAUCUACGAAUGACACAUCGAAUACUUCGUCUGGUAAAGGUCGACGCUGGGAAGCGGAUAGUGAGAAUGGAAGUGAUGGACAGCUGAGAGGAAGGUAG